GUUUGCUGCAGCUUGCUCAUUAACCUCUGGGACAAUCGCAUCAUUAAACCCGACCCUAAUCCCCUCAGACCUUCGACAACCCCAUCAACCAUCCUUCCAGUCAUGUCCGACACCACUCAAGUCGCUAUCUUCGCUUCGGGCUGCUUCUGGGGCACCGAGCACAUCUUCGUCAAACACUUCCCGCCGGCCAAAGGCAUCCUCAAGACGACCGUGGGGUAUACCGGUGGCCUCGAGUCUGCGACGAACCCCGACUACAAGACGGUCUGCUCCGGGAGCACGGAGCACGCGGAGAGUGUGCGGAUAGAGUUCGACCCGAAGCUGGUCAGCUACGACGAGCUGGUGGAGUUCUUCUACCGAACGCAUGAUCCAACAACUGUGAACAGGCAGGGCGGGGAUGUAGGCACGCAAUAUCGCAGCGCCAUAUUCACCGUUACGCCAGAGCAGGUUGAAAUCGCGAAGCGAGUGACGGAUGAAGUGCAAGCGAAACAUUUUACCCCGAAGGGAUCCAAGAUCGUUACCGAGAUCAUCCCUGCGGGUCCCUGGUGGGACGCCGAAGCAUACCACCAGUUGUAUCUCUUCAAGAAUCCAAUGGGCUAUCAGUGUCCUACCCAUCGCCUGCACUGGUAGUUCGGGUCGUACAUGACUGUCCGCUUGCUAUUGUACAUUCUAU